CGAUACGAGAAAUAAAACGAACGGACCCAUCUCCCCCGCAAAACUUUCCUUUUCUUCACUGAGAAACAAAAAGUGAGAAACAGAAGCGACGAUAAAUCCAUCCAAACCCUCAUUUCGUUCAUUCUUGCAUUUUUCUGCGAAAGCGCUGCUGAGCGAUUUUUUGCCGUAAAGCUUAAGGCAAAUCGUGACGUUACGUUAGGCUCUGCCGAAUGAGAAUUUGUGGUUCUCGAAUCCAUCGCGUGGGAUAAGGGUAGUGAAGCCUGAAUCUGAAGCUUCGCGGACGUUGGCUAUGCUCCGCAAAUUGUUCUUCCGCAAGCCUCCAGAUGGCCUCCUCGAGAUCUGCGAGAGAGUUCACGUUUUUGAUUGCUGCUUCACCACGGAUGCAUGGAAAGAAGGGAAUUACAAUUACAAAGAAUACAUGGACGGGAUAGUUGGUCAACUUAAGGAGAACUCGCUUGAUGCUUCGAUUCUUAUUUUCAAUUUUCGCGAGGAAGGUACCGUGAGUCAGAUGGCAAGUAUCAUGUCUGAGCAUGACAUUACUAUCAUGGACUAUCCUUUGCACUACCAAGGUGUUCCCGUGCUAAAAAUGGAGCUCAUCCACCAUUUUCUGAGGUCUAGUGAAAGCUGGCUCUCCCUUGGGCAAAAUAAUGUGUUGCUGAUGCAUUGUGAACCUGGUGGUUGGCCUGUUUUGGCUUUCAUGUUGGCUGCAUUAUUGAUUUAUAGAAAGGCUUAUACUGGGGAGCAGAGGACUCUCGAUAUCGUUUACAGGCAGGCUCCUCACGAGCUUUUGCAUUUGUUGUCACCGUUGAAUCCUAUCCCUUCCCAACUGAGGUAUCUGCUGUAUGUUUCCAGGAGGAAUGUGGCCUUAGAUUGGCCUCCUCUGGACAGGGCACUUAUGUUGGACUGCAUCAUUCUCAGACUCUUCCCAAACUUUGACAGUGAAGGUGGUUGUCAUCCUGUGUUUAGAAUUUAUGGACAGGAUCCCUUUGAUGCUGAUAAAGUUCACAAAAUGUUGUACUCAACGCCAAAAAGAAGCAAAAAGGUUGGGGCCUUUAAGCAGGGAGAGUGUGAACUUAUUAAAAUUGAUAUCAAUUGCCAUAUUCAAGGUGACGUUGUCAUUGAGACUAUUAACUUUAAUGGUGACAUGGAGCGUGAAAGGAUGAUGUUUCGAAUCAUGUUUAACACAGCCUUUGUUAGAUCUAAUAUUUUGAUGCUUAACCGGGAUGAAAUUGACAUUUUAUGGGAUGCUAAAGAUCACUUUCCAAACGAUUUUAGAGUCGAGAUCCUUUUCUCAGAGAUGGAUGCUGCAAUAGUUGUUGCCGAUAGGGCCUCAUGCUUUGAGGAGAAGGAUGGACUACCAAUGGAAGCAUUUGCCAAGGUUCAAGAGAUCUUUAGCCAAGUAGACUGGAUGAACCCCAAGGCAGAUGUUGCCCUAAAUGCUCUCCAACUUAUAAGUGAUUCAACUAUGAAUGAUAGCUUAGAUGAAAAAGAUCCUAGAACUCCCCAAGGGAAUUUGAAUGAAGAGGUACGGUCUUCAUUCUCAAUCAAGACAUCCCCAGUUACUGAUAUGAGUAGAAAAGAGGACAAUACCAACAAGUUCGAGGGUAUUCCGCAGCAACCUGGUACACCUAACAAUAUUUGUCAAGAGUCAACCAGAUCUUCUAAAAGGACCUCGGAAUCCAAUACAUGUCCAACAAGACCUACAAAUCUUGACAUAAAACAGCAAGCACCUCAUCUUGCCGUAUCUUCUACCGAUACUUCUUUUUCCCCUCGAACACCUCCUUUGAGGCCUCAAUCCACUAGUGCUAAAGAAGCUCAUGAUUCUCCUCGCCAAACAGAAUCGCCCCCUUCUUAUUAUGUUGUGCCUUUGCAAUCAAAACACCAAUCACAAGACAGAAGUCAUUCAUCUAUUUCUAUCCCUACACCUGACACCCAAUUGUCAUCUACUUUUCAUAGCAAGUCACUGGCUGACACCAUUUCCUGUCCUUCAGCUUCAACAAUUACUUCGACCCAAUCAUCUCCUUCACUUUCUUCCAAAAAUGUGGAUGAGAUUCCUCCGAUUAAAACAAGAAUAGAGUCUUCCCCUUCACGACCUCCAACUCCACCUCCUCCACCCACUCCUCCACUAAAUGAUCAUAGACGAGUUCGAGCUGCACCACCUCCUCCUCCUCCACCUCCUCCUAUUCCUCCAAAGAAAGAACUACAUGUUAAAGCUGGACCCCAUCCUUCUCCUCUAUCACAUAUGAAUGUGGAGCCACAGGUUAGAGAUGGACCCUCUCCUCCCCUUUCUCUAAAAGAGGAGCAACCUACUAGGUUUAAACCUCCUUGUCUCUCUGGGCAAGCUGCAGGUUUUACUAUAGUACCAACUCCUCCUCCACCUCCACUUUCAAGUGAAGUACUUUACUCAAAUUGCACUAAUUCAUCAUUGCAAAAAUCUCUAGCCCCUUCCCCUCCCCCUCCUCCCGGGGCACCUGCCCCUCCCCCUCCUCCUGGGGCACCUGCCCCUUCCUCUCCUCCUGGGGCACCUGCUCCUCCCCCUCCUCCUGGGGCGCCUGCUCCUCCCCCUCCUCCUGGUGCACCUGCUCCUCCACCUCCACCUGGAGCACCUGCUGCUCCACCUCCUCCAAUGCCCUUUGGUAAAGGAGGUCUGAAAUCAGGCAGUCCUUUUCCAGGAUCUCAUUCUGUGAACGCUCGAUCUAGUUCACCAACUAACUUGAAGGGAGUUUUAUCGCGAACAAUUAACUCAAAGAAUAACACAAAAAGGUUGAAGCCUUUGCAUUGGUUGAAACUAUCUAGAGCAGUGCAAGGAAGUUUGUGGGCAGAGACACCGAAGUCUGGCGAAGCUUCCAAGGCCCCAGAGAUUGAUAUGUCAGAGCUUGAGAAUCUCUUCUCAGCAGCAGUCCCAACUUCAGGUAUUGCCAAAAAGUCAAAUGUCCAAAGCUCAGCUGGGCCUAAAUCUGAAAAAGUGCAACUGAUUGAGCAUAGGCGAGCAUAUAACUGUGAAAUCAUGCUUUCCCAAGUGAAAGUUCCAUUGCACGAUUUAAUGACCUCAGUACUAACACUGGAAGAGUCAGCACUGGACUCUGAUCAGGUUGAGAACCUCAUAAAGUUCUGUCCAACAAAAGAGGAGAUGGAAUUACUCAAGGGUUAUAACGGGGAAAGGGAGAAGUUAGGAAGAUGUGAACAGUUCUUAAUGGAAUUGAUGAAAGUACCACGAGUGGAAUCCAAGCUCAGAGUUUUUUCAUUCAAGAUUCAAUUUCGCUCUCAGGUUUCUGACCUAAGAAAGAGCCUGGUUAUUGUGAAUGCUGCUUCAGAAGAGAUCAGGAAUUCAGUCAAACUAAAGAGAAUUAUGCAUACAAUACUUUCUUUAGGAAAUGCUUUGAAUCAAGGAACUGCCAGGGGUAAUUGAGUAGGUUCUUGGAGUACAGUCUGAAAUUGUUGUAAUAAGAUAUCCAGUUGAAAAUGUUGUGUUUGUAUAGCAAGCAGCAUUGAUUGACCGUUGUUGUCUUCAAAUUUCCUGAAACUAGUAAAUUGUCAUUGUGAUGUUGAGCCCCUUGUGAUGUAACUGUCUCUCUGAUGCUGAAAAGUCAUAGUUAAUUGAGCACAACUCCAAGAAAUUUCAUCUAGUGUCUUAAAUCAUAUGAUGCCAAGAAUUACUUCGAGAUAGCUACUUGGUAUGGCAAGACGAGAAAAGCAGCCUUGAACACAUGAUUGCUGAACUUCCAUGUCACUUGAGGACGCUUUCUUGUAUCCUAAGUUGUUUAUCAAAUGCUACUAUAACUGGAAAAUCUGUUAUGAAAGUUGUUUUUGAUCAUAACAGUUGCAUACAUUCUUCACUGAUGAAAUUGUGUGUACUUCCUGUAUCCAUCAAAAUACAACCUUUUGUUUCUUGAUUAAUCCUAUCAAUUGUAAAGUGUUUCCACCCGCUACAACUUGUAAAGCAUGUAAAGAAAUGUGAAUUUGGGAAUCAUUGACCAAUUGCAGACUUUGUUCCGUCAUAUCAUUAUCUUGUUCUUUUUCUGAAUUUGAGUUUACAGCUUCAUCACUUCCCUCUUGUACAAAGAAAAUGUCAUUUAAUUUUCCCCAAACCUCACUCUUAAAUCUAUGAUUCUUAUCCCAUUUUUGCCACAGAAUCUACAUAAUCCUUUAUAAAUUUGUUCACUAAUCUCUUUCCUUGAAAUUGAACUUGCCGAUGUAGAUUAGAAAUCAGCAAUAGAGGCUGACUGUUUUGAUGCAGCUGUGGGAUCUUGCUGCAGUGUAGUGAUAGGUGGAGUUGUGCUAUUUUGACUUGCACUGGACCAUGAACGUGAAACGGUAUUGCACUAGUUGGUCACUUGAUUCUCAUUUAGUUUCUUUGUGAUUUCUUGGAGGACCUCUUCUUGUAAACGUGUUGACCUCACAGCUUCUUGAAUUGUCCUUGGUCUAUGGACACAAACAAAUAUCUCUAACUCCGUACUCAAGCCUGAAAGAAAAAGAAAAUACUUGAAGCUGUCUCCUCAGAAAUCAAUCAUCACCAUCACCCUGAGCCAAAAGGUUAUCAAAAUUCUCCAAAUAUUCAAUUAAAGACCCUUCUUGUUUCAGUCUUGCCAGUUCAGCAAAUGGGUCAACAAAUGCUCCAUCAUCAAACCGAUUUCCAACAUCUUACAAGAUUUGAAUCCAUGUUUUCUGCUUAAAAUCGAGGGUUCGAAUACAAUAGUGUUGCUAAUUCUUGUGAAUCCACCGUCAUCAUCUCCUUUGUGUCCAUGCAUGUCUCUAGUUCUUUUGUAGUCACCAUCAUUGCAGGCUUAUCCGAUACCAAAUUGUUAAAAACAAUUCAAUAACUGAUAACAAUACUCACUCUCUGCAAAGAAAGUUUGAAGAGGAUCAAAUGAAUUCAAACUUCUUUGUAUAUCACAACAACAAAAUCGAGAGUGUUAUAUAACUCCUAACAUAACAUUUUUUUUUCCUCUUGAUGGGAUAUAAUGUGUAUGAGAGGAGGAAACAGAUUAAAAAUUAGUUGUUAGUUGGGUUGUUAGGUUGAGCCUUUCUUUAUAUAGUAGGGGGGUCUUUGUAGGCAGGACAUGUUUUGGAUGUUUUAGAGAAUUGUUGACAGGAUCAUUGGCAUCCUGUGUAAAGGGAACAUUGUCCCUUGGAGGCAUUCUUGUUGUUCUUGGUGCCUAGAAUCAAUAAUACAAGAUCUUUUCAGUGAGUUUUGGUGUUUUGCAAUGGUGUUCUUGGGUUUCUCCCUCUAUCUAGGAACCUAACACCUUUACAUAACAUACUCCCUAUUUUAACUACAACAUUCCAUCUGAAGGAAUGGUUUGUAUCGUAAGCACCACCCUGAAACAUUAAUUAUGGUUAGGGGGAUAGAAUAUUCAUACUCUAAAUAAAAUCAAAAUAAUUAUAGGAUAGUAAAGUUGGUUAUUAUGUAGUCAUUUGAAAAUCUGUAAUGUUUAUAGCAUGAUGAAUGAGUUUGAUAGCAAUCGUUAUCCUUUUCUAGACAUAUGUGCUGAAAACUAAAUAAUUCACAUUUUGCAUAAAUUUUUUACUUUUGCUUUAGAUUUUUACUGAUCGUUAUUUUUUUAUUUUGUCAAUC